CGCCCACCUGGACCACCAACGAUCAGUCGUCAGAGACUGAACCCGAAACAUGACUAUCGAACAAAAGUCGAGCGAGCCGCAUCAAGCACAGGCAGACCCUGGCAACGCCGCCAUCCACGAUGCACUCGCGGCGCUCAUGGACGAGCAGCCUUCCCUCGGCCAGAAAAAGCUCUGGCAGCUCCUCUGUAAGCGUCAUCCGGACUGGAAAGUUGGCCAAGCGCGCGCCGAGCGACUCGUCAAGGAGAUCAGAGCGGAGCGGGUCCCGGCUGCGUCCGGCUCUGCGUCGAAUGGAUCGAAUGGGGCUUCUUCUGGCACGGUAGAGGGAGGAGAGGGCCAAACGGCGGAAACGGGCCACAUCUAUCCGUCAUGGGAGUUGAACAAGGCGCUGGAUCUGCGCGAUAUGCUGGGAGCAGAGGGGAGCGUGAAGGUGCAGACGUUCACCAAGACAAAAGGCAAAGGUCUCGUCGCGACGCGGCGGAUCAAGGAGGGCGAGGUUGUGUGGAGAGAGGAACCGUGGGUGUUGGCUGCUCGAGGGCUAGAACCAGGUUCCGACCCAUCCGAAUCUUCACUGCUCAAGCUCCAAGAUUCGGGGGCAGCAUGCACCCACUGCGGCGCCUGGACGCCUGGCGAGCCGGGGAAGAACCUCGCCCCAUGCCCAUCCCAAAAACGCGCGUUAUUCGAGUCCAACGUCAAGCCGUGCCGUGCACGCUUCUGCAAGGGCGGGCGGUGUCUCGAAUACGUCAAAGGCCCGCACCGGCUGCUCUGCAUCGCGGACAAUCCGGCAUGUGCACCGCUGCUCGAGCUCGUGCGCAAGGAGAACAAGAUGGCGUUACAUACGGUCGCGCGGAGCACCGCGAAACUUAUAUUUGCGGAUAAGGGUGGGGGGAGUAAGGGAAAGGAAAAGGACAUGGCAGUGUGGAAUGGGCUCGCGGCGCUGGAUGCGAAAGUGCAGGAGCAGUAUAAGGCACAGAGCGUCGAGUCAUCAGGACAUCAGCUCGACUUUGGGCAAGACAGCACAGAGAGUGCGCCCGAGUCGGAGUGGACAGAGAUGUACAAGCUGUAUAUCCAGACGUUCAAAAAGCCCCCUUCUGCUGCACAACGUACGAAACUCGCCGAUGUACUCAAGAAAGGCAUUCCUUCCGAAGUGGAGUUUCUGUUCGAGUACGACCAGUUCCUCAUCUCGCUGGGGAAGAUGAACCUCAACAUGGAGGGCCAAUGCGGCCUCUACGAGCUGCAUUCGCACCUCAACCACCACUGCCGGCCUAACCUUAAAGUCAAGCACCCGGACAUGCACCGCUUCGCGUAUAUUUCCGUCGUCGCCGAGCGUGACAUACAGCCGGGCGAGGAGCUGUCGAUCUCGUAUGUCGCGCCGGGGAUGUCGCUUGAGGCGCGCAGGCGCGAGCUGCGCAAGUGGGGGUUUGGGGAGUGUCGAUGUAGUGCGUGCGUCAAGGAGGCGAAGAAGCGGAGAGAAGAGGAGAGAAACAAUACGGAGGGUGCGGGAGGUGCGGUUGAGGAGGUGGUGGAGGAUGAUAUGCCAACGCCGAAGGCAGGGAACCAGAAGCUCAAUGCUGAUGAGUUCGCGUCAAUGUUUGGUGUUGAUGCUAUCGAGCUGUAAUAACUGGUGACAUUGACGACUAUAUACAUGACUCGAAAAAUGUAUCGGGUACCCGUCGAUCUUGCGGAAGGGUCGUAUCUGGAGGCCAAGAUGGUACAACCAGACUUAUCAAUGGG